AUGGCGGUGCAGGUGAUGGUCCUGCCUUCCCCCAGGUGUCUGUUCGAUGACCCUGUGCAGAUCCGUGUGGUGGGUCUCCAGCCGCAGCAGGCGGUCACCCUUCGAGCGAGCCUGGUGGAUGAGAGCGGGGAGCUUUUCCAAGCCCACGCUCACUACAGAGCUGGGAGCAGCGGAGAGCUCGACCUCAGCUGCUCCCCAGCCCUGGGGGGCAGCUACUUGGGAGUGGAGCCGAUGGGACUGCUGUGGUCUCUGCAGUCUAAAACGCCCUAUAAGCGGCUAGCAAAGAGGAAUGUCCUGACCCCUUUCUGUGUGGACUUGGAAGUGUAUGAGGGCCAUGGGGACAUGAGCCGCUUGCUGGGAAAAUGUGCCAACGAACGAUGGUUUUUAGGAGAGGGGGUGAAGAGGAUUUCAGUCAGAGAAGGUCGUCUGAAAGCAACCCUCUUCCUCCCUCCUGGACCUGGCCCAUUCCCUGGACUUGUUGAUUUGUAUGGAUCUGGAGGAGGUCUUGUUGAAUACAGAGCAAGUCUCCUGGCUAGCAGAGGCUUUGUGACCCUGGCUGUUGCUUACAUGGCCUUUGAAGAUAUCCCUACUACUCCAGAGGUUCUUGAACUGGGCUAUUUUGAGGAAGCUGUGAACUUUUUGCGGAAGCAGCAGCAGGUGAAAGAUACUGGGAUUGGUGUUUUGGGCUUGUCUAAAGGAGCUGAUCUAGCCCUUUCCAUGGCCACAUUUCUACCUGGCAUCAAGGCAGCUGUCAGCAUAUCUGGAAGUUGUUUUAAUUCCUUCAUUCCACUGAAGGGGAAUGGCUUCACUAUUCCUCCCCACCCAUAUAAUCUGGAGAGGAUGAAAAUCAGUGAUGACUCUGGCCUAGUAGAUUUUUCAGAUGUCUUAGAUGAUCACAGGGACCCAGCAACUUGGGAUUGUCGCAUUCCAGUGGAGAGGUCCUUAGCCAAGUUCCUGUUCUUGUCUGGACUGGAUGACACAAACUGGAAAAGUGACCUGUAUUGCCAGGAUGCUGUUCAGCGCCUUCAGCACUUUGGACGGGAAGUGGAGUUUUACUCCUAUUCUGGAGCAGGGCACCUCUUGGAACCACCAUACUUGCCUCUGUGCCGGGCUUCAAUCCACAGAGUGCUUGGGAUGUUUGUGUCUUGGGGAGGGCAGUGGAGGGAGCAUGCUAAAGCCCAAGAAGAUGCAUGGCGCAGGAUACAGGCCUUUUUCUGGCAGCAUUUAAUGGACUCAGACAUCCCUAAGAGCAAGCUAUAGUGGAAGUUGUCAAAGAUGCUGGGGUUGAUAUUUCAGUACUCACUAAAUCUUGGAAACUCAUCAAAAGUUUCCUGGACUGCCUUUCUCUAAAUCCCACUGUUACAUCACUGUUUAUUUUCUUUCUCCUAAUAGUUUUCCAUUUUUUAGUUGAAUUUCGGCUGACUUCUGGCCACAGCUUCACUGUAUCUUGGCACCGUCUGGUCUGCCUGUGUGCUGCAGUCUGACCUAGCAUCCCGUCAUGUAGAUUGCAUUUGUAAUGAGCUAUUUUUACCCUCGAUCUGCAGCCGUCUCCUUCCAUAAGAGGGAAUACUCUCACAGGAGGAGUUUUCCACUGAAUUAUUUAGGAAUAUUAUUUCUAUAGGAAACUACCAUUAAAAAUAAGAAUACUUUCCAUCAGCAAAUCAACAAUGAGGUGACUGAUGCUUUCAUACAGUUGUUACAUUGUCACAUUCAGCAAUCAGGUACGAGGAAAACUGUGUUGAAACUAGAGGAUGAAGGGAGCUGACUGGUGACUCCAUCGACAAUGAUGGCACAUGGGAUUUCUUUGGUUUUUUGCUCUGGAAUGAAAGCUUUGCUACCCAGUUAAAAGCCCUUUGUCAUUUGGAUGGCAGCUGCCAAGAAAGACUGAAAAAGCUGAUUUAGCUGAACAGCUCUGUGCAGAAAAUAUUCCAGCCAAUUCACUUUCACUGAGAAUAUUUUUAAAAUGAAACUCAGAUUUGAAACUUGUCUUCAGGAAACAGAAACUAGACGCAGACUAAUAUGAAAUAACUGGAAAUGUCUUAAUUUCAAUAAAGUGCUUCUUUCUGUUCUUGAGCAUGUUUUUAAGUAUUUUGCCGAAGAUGUUGAUAUUUAAUGUUUCUUCUGCUGAAGAGAUGAUUUAGACAAAUAGGGCUAUAAGGCUAAGAUCACAUUUUUUUUCCAAGUUAAUAGCAAAAAUUCUACUAAUUGCAGCCUGUUGAAUCAGAGUAAUUUAUAUAGUUUCUCCAGGCCUACUGAAUACAGACAACAUUAUUCAAGAGCAAUGCAAAUUAUUUAAUUAAAGAUAAUAGACCUUUAGCUGCAAGAGAUCCUCUGCCAAGCACAACUGAUAAAACUAAUAAAAAUUGGAUGGGAAAAGCUGUUCUUGUAAUCUGCUUGUGAUAAAAUAGAGCAUCAGAUAACAUGAAUGUAAUGUAACAUGAAUGGCUUCUUACUCAGGUGAAGCGGUGUCUCUGGAUGGCUUCUACAAGCAAGGUUGUUUCACAGCCAUGGGACAGAAGGGAUGAAGUGAGAGAUGAGAACAUACGUUGUGCGGUGUAAUUUAGAGGCAACUUCUCCAUUUCUUUUUUCUGUUUCCUGUGUGUGUUUGGAAUUCUAAAUAUUUAGAUGUUUGUUUUGUUUUUUUUUUAUAAAUUCAAUACUUAGUAAUUUCUCUAAUAUGUUACCAGAUAAUUUGUUAUCAAGCUGAGGGAUAAGACCAAUGUUUAAGGUCAAAAUACAAAUAGUAAAGAUUUUUUUGGUAUCAGUAUUUUUCUAAGAAAUUUAUAAUUCUACCCUUUCAGAAAAAAAAAUCACUAUUCUCUACUUUUUAGUGCUCCAUAUACAUUAUUCAAAAAUGGAAUCUGAGCCAAAUGUAGUAUUAAGCACAGAUAAAGUGAUACUUUGUGUUUGGCAAGAAGGAAGAUUAAUAAUUCGAAUGAACUAAUGCUCCUUGCAGCAUUUACUGCAAAAUAUCCCUGCUAUUUUACAUUGUCCAGGAGAAAAACUAGAAAUGCUGAAAAAGUCUUAAAAAAAUUGUCCAAGCAAAAUUGACAUUAAACCUAAAAAUUUCUGGACCCUGACUCUAGAUAGCACUUAAAAAAAUAAUUAAAUUAGUUACAUUCUAUUUAUUUAGGAUUAUAUCUUUUCAGUUGGAGCCCCUGCUGGUCUAGUGGUAAAGGCGCCGCGCUAUCA